AGUCCUGGUGACCGCCUUCUUUCCCCCACAAGUCCGGCCGCUGGUUGCCGGGAUCCGCUACAAGUUCGCCGGCUUUUCACCCUUCUCUCUCCUAUUUUUCCUUGUCCACUCCCCCACUCUGGCUGCGAGGUGCGAGCAAAGGCUUUGUAUCUGAAGCCCAUAGGGGCCCAAACAAAGCCCACCUACUGGUGCAAAUUUCCCCUUCCCCACAACCACACGCGGCGGCGGCGGUGUGUAGAGAGAGAAUAAUGGAGGGGAGAGAAGACGACAAGAAAGGCGGCGCCGCCGCCCCCGGCAGCUCAGCGCCGGGGACGAGAUUCAAGAACCUGGUCUCCAGGGAAUACUACAGCCACAAGAAGAAGGUGCACUCUGUAGCAUGGAACUGCAUAGGCACAAAGCUUGCUUCAGGCUCUAUAGAUCAUACUGCCCGUGUCUGGAGCAUUGAUCCCCAUGGCCAUUCCAAGGUUAAAGACAUUGAACUGAAAGGCCACUCAGAUAGUGUAGAUCAGUUAUGCUGGGAUCCAAAGCAUCCUGACACAGUUGCCACUGCAGCUGCUGACAAGUCAAUUCGCCUUUGGGAUGCGCGAAGUAAGUAAUACACUUCAUCUUUGAUGGUC